UUGAUGGAAAAAAGAAAUCUUUGGACUGCAGCUUUUUGACUUUAAUUUUUGUGUAAAUAAUUAUAAUAGAUGUUUAGCAAUAAGUGUUUAGAUGUGAUUAGUGAAUAAUUUUAGUCUUAAUAAUGUCAAAUAUUGAAGGUAGAUUAAAAGGUUUGCAAGAGCGCUUCGAAAAUGAAUUGCGUAUUCGAAGAGAGGGUCUCCACAAUCAAGGUGCACUUGGGGCUCCCAAGACUGGGAAUACACGAAGACCUAGACCCCCAGCAAUGUUUUCCUCAAGAGAUAUACCACCAUUCCCACCAAGAUCUCCACAAGCUACGGAUACGGAAUAUAGAAUGCGAGAAGUAUACAAGGUGAGUGGGAAGCUGAAUGUUGAUGGCAUUGAGUACAGGUCUCACAUAGAUGACCUUCAACAACUUGGUGAACUAGGCAGUGGGACCUGUGGUCAUGUAGUAAAGAUGUUGCACAAGUCUUCGGGAGCUGUUAUUGCAGUCAAGCAAAUGCGUCGUUCCGGCAAUUCAGAGGAAACUAAACGAAUUCUAAUGGAUCUGGAUGUGGUGGUCAGAUCACAUGACUGUCCUUACAUCGUUCGGUGUCUUGGUUGUUUUGUUACCGAUGCAGAUGUAUGGAUUUGUAUGGAGCUGAUGGCAUCUUGCUUUGAUAAAUUGUUGAAGAGGCUAGGAGCGCCCAUACCUGAAGCAAUACUCGGAAAAGUUACCGUGGCGACGGUAAACGCGCUAUCGUACCUGAAGGACACGCACGGUGUGAUCCACCGCGACGUGAAACCGAGCAACAUCCUGCUGGACGAGCGCGGGAACGUCAAGCUGUGCGACUUCGGUAUCAGCGGGCGACUCGUGGACUCCAAGGCGAAGACGCGCAGUGCGGGCUGCGCGGCGUACAUGGCUCCCGAGCGGAUAGACCCGCCGGACCCGAGCCGGCCAGACUACGACAUCCGAGCGGACGUGUGGUCGCUCGGCAUCUCGCUGGUGGAGCUCGCCACCGGGGUCUUCCCCUACAGAGACUGUCAGAACGACUUCGAGGUGCUCACCAGGGUAAUAGCAGAUGACCCGCCACAGUUACCAGAGGAUACAGAAUUUACUCCUGAGUUCAAAUCUUUUGUAUCCCAAUGCCUAACGAAAAACUACCGUCAGCGGCCGAAGUACGUAAAGCUGCUGGAGCACCCGUUCGUGGUGAAGUCGGCGCGAAACUCGGUGUCGGUGGGCGCGUGGUACGCGUCGCUGUCGGUGCCGCCGCGCACGUACGACGCGCCGCCGACGCCGCAGCCCGUGCGCAACUACGUCACGGCCUCGCACUGGACGCCCGACCAGGCCACGCCCACUCCUGCGCGGGCUUGGUGGGCGACUCCAGCGAACCCGGGUGGAAGCAGUUCGCAACCUGCGAGCCUCGAAGCCGACCUGUCGAACCACUCGCCAUACCCGAGACGCAGGACGAUCGACGCGUGCGCGUCCCCCCCGCCCGCGCCCGCGCGCCGCGUGUCGGCCGACACCCGCUGGCGCGCCUCGCCCGCCAGUUCGGGAAACACGAGCCCUAUAGUAUUACAAAGAUUCUAUCACCAAAGUCAACAACGGAAGUCCAGAGUGGACUUGCAUUCGACGCCGAGACAUCGGAGCCUCAGUCGCGAGCACAGCACGGGUCGUUCGCCCGAACCGCCUCCGAGGACCAGACAUCUGCUUACGCAUGAAGCUAACGGUACCAUGGAACUCGAGCCGCCGCCGCUCCACGACCGGUUACUCCCGCCCUCACCUUUACUGCUGAGCAAUGAUAGGCUGUCGGAGGGGCGCAGCCAGAGCCUGACGCGCGCGGAGCUGCGCAACGGGUACCGCGCCGACGCGCCGCCCGCCGCGCCCUCCAAGCUGCUGCACGACGACCAGGAGAGUGGGCAGCGGGCGUGCGUGCGGGUGCGCGGGACGGCGCCUAUAGCGGUCGCUGACGUAGGCUGGCUGCACUCGCUCGCGGGGCUGGUGAAGCGCCGCCUCAGCGGGUACGUCAAGUGGCAUCACGUUGCAGCGCGCCGCGAGCCCCUGCACGCCGCCGUCGCGCACCACAAGUGGGCCACCAGCGAGAGUUGGAGCGUGCCGGCGUCCCCCCUGCCGCCGCGCGCGCCCCCGCCGCGCCCCGCCGACUAGCGGAGCCGCCCCUCGCCCCCCCGCCCCCGCCCGCCGCCUCCACCGCGCCGCGACUAUACAGACCCGUACGAUGUUAUUAGACUACAUGUUUGUAACUGUUUCGCCCUCAAGUUACGUACACUUGUUAUUGUACAAUAGACUUUCCAAAUUUAUCUUUUUAUAUGCCGGGUAAUCAACCCUUUUUUUAUUUUUGUUCUUAAACUUCACGCAGGCUGGGUGAGUGAUUCGUUGCAGCGAUGAGAUAUUGUACAAAAUGAUAUAUUUAAAUUUUUUUAUGAUUAAGUUUCGAAUAGAGAAUUAUAAAAAUAUAUAUUUAAUUAAUUCUUCUUAGAGAGUAUUUACAUAUUUACGACAGGAAAAGAGACUAAUUAUUUAUUAUAUUAAUUUAUAAUCAUUGUUAUAACUUGACAAUUAUUAAUAUGAACGACAAAUUUAGUAUACCACUCCCUUUAAUAAUCCAAUUACAUAAAUACGUCAUUUCUACUCAAAUAUGUCGUUUCCCAGACAUAUUUAUUUAAAAAUGGCAGUGUAUUUUUAAAUCAUAGACAGACAUUCGUAUGGCAAAUGGCGGUAUGGUAUUAUUGUCUUUGUUGAUUUCAUCACGUUUUUCAUUUGUUUACAAUUCUCUAUUCAAACUUAAACAAUAAUAUUAACAGAUGCUAAAAUAGAUAUUGAGAAUAUUGUAUAAAUGAGUUGCAUAUACGUUAAACUCGAAAUAGAUCUAGCGCAGUAGUAACACCAAAAAGUACGUUCGAGUCAUGAAUUGUGUAAAUAUUAUAUUUAAGGUUUGCGAAUAAUUAUUAUCGAAGCGAGAUUUUUAGGUACAAUUGUGUAUAUUUAUCGGAAUUGUGUAUUAUGCGCUUUACACGACGGUAAUAAAGGUCGUUUUAGAGUGUACGAUAGUUGUAGGUGUAUCUGCUUGGUUUCGUAGCCGCGGUCGGUGACGCCACAGUUUGUUUAUCUAGAUUUAAUGGUGAAGACAAUAACGAUUGCUUUAACUUUAAAAUUUUAUUCAAUGACAAGUGUGUAAAUGUUGAAGUGAAAUCGUUAAUCUAUAUUAUUAAAUUUGCAAUUACUUAAAGACAAUAAUGGAAAUUUUAAAUGUACUCAUUAAUCACGUUAUGUGACUAUAUAAAAACGAACUUAAAUCAAGUAAUAGGAACUGUCAAGUUUUUUUUUUGAUUCUUUAUUUCACAAGUUUAAUUAAACCGGUUCGGAAUAUAUUCUACUUAGAAAAAAAAUAGCUUUAUAGAAUUGUGAAAAUCGAUACUUUUCUUUACAAUAUUGUCAUUAUGUAUCUAUAGAAUGUAUCGAGAUGUGUAAAUCUUUACGUCAAUUUAUCGAACUUUAAACUAAUUAUGAUUCGCCAAUCGAAGAUCGAAGGAGAAUGCGAAAAAAUCUACUUAGUAAUUUUAAUUAUUAUUACUUAAAAACUCUCAGAAGUAUCUUUGCUGCUGACCCUACUCAUCUCGCUGGCAGGUCGUAUCGUUAGUACAUUUAUAGUGUAGUUUUUUCUUUAUAAUUUGACAGGUUUAUAAUAUUCGCGAUUCACACGAGAGAUACACUAUAUUUUAGAGAUAGUGUUUAACAAUUUCAUACAGGAUUUUGAAAGCACGCCUUAUGUAAAUAAAUAUGUUUUAUAUUUGUACAGUAACGAUUGCUGCGACAUGUUAUCUUCGAUCUUCGAUCUUCGAUUGCCGUUGAUAAUAAUUAGACUCCGACCGUGGCAAAUAAUGGCAGAUUCACACUAGAUUGACUUGUCUUGUCUUAUCGUCAGUGUGUACAAAUUAGUUAUAAAUCUACACUAAUAUUAUAAAUGCGUCUUGCACUUUCACGGUCAAAACACUGAGCCGAAUUUGAUGAAAUUUUGUGUGAAGUUAGAGUUCCAAAGAUGGACAUAUGCUAUUUUUUAUGCCAACAGCUGACGACCAACCCCUAGUUUUGUAUAAAAUAGUGCAUACUACGCUGUCUCUCACACAUGUCAGUGUAGUGUGAAUCUACCCCAAUUCCUAUUCGAUUAUGAGAUGGUUGAAAAACAAAUCAAUGUAAAUAUCGUGUAUUAUAUUGAUAAGUGACGACAUAUUUAAGCGCAGUUUUAUUUUAUAGACGUUUAAUAGAAUUUUAUAUAUAAGUUCUCUUAAUAAAUAGCACAAUGUAUAUUUACGGCUUUCUUCUGUUUCGUAUAUUAGUUUGUACACGCAAUUUUUACCAAAUAUGUAAUUAAUAUUUUAUUUCAGAUUUUCUAUUGCUACGAAUAUAGAAUAAUACCUUACCAUAGAGUAAAUUUGUCUAUUAUAGGUUUGUUUUACAUAUAUGCUAAUAUUUGUUAUUUUCUUAAUUUUUAGUGAUAUAUUUAUGAAAAAAAUGUUUUGAAAAUAUCAUCGAUACAAUUUGAAUUUUCUCUAUGGUAAGAUGUAAUAAUUAAGUAAACAGAUAAUUGUCUAUGUUUUUUUUCAUCUUUCAUUAUAUCGGUUAUUUAUAAAUCAUAGUAAUAUAACAGAAUGUUUCAAUGAGUUUUGUCAUGUUUUAGAUUAAAAUAUAAAAUUAAAAUAUCAUUUAAUUCUUUAUAAUUUAAUUUUUAUUUUUUUAUUUUAUGAAAAACUGACUCCAAAUAUAAAAUAAAAAUAUAUCAAACACAAUAUUGACUAAAUAAAAAAUGACAGGAACAGAAGAGAAAAAAACUCAUUCAGUACAUUCUUGAUGAAGUAUUUAUUUUUUGUAUUUUCAUUAUUUUAACUGCCAGUGGACUUUUCGUCAAAGGCCGAAUUAAAACUACAUUAUAUGUAAAAUAAUGAACUCAUUUAAAUUAGUUUAGUUGUCGCAAGCUUCGAUAUCAGUUUUAAUAUUUGAGAAUGUAUUUCUUUUAUAGAAACAUUAUAGUAGCUAAUGUUAAAUUAUCUAUUCAUUAAAAAAAAGUACAGAUAAACCAAAAGAGCCAACAACGUAAAAAUAUUUGAUUAUCUGUGUUCGUAAAGUUAUAUUUAAAAAGGCAAAAAGUGUCACCUGAGCUUGCGAUGAUUAGAAAUUAUUCGAUAUUUGAAAAAUAUAAUUGGAAGCGAAUAUGAAAUAUUAUUUAAUUAUAGUUAAGAUGAGGCAAUCGUUUCUUGUGUAGCUUAAAUUACACCAAACCCCGCCCCUAGUCCGCGCGACGCUGCGCGCUCUCGUUACGAGACUAAAAUUAAAUUUAUUUAAUAAAGCGACGAUUUAUUUUCCUUUGUAAUUAUUGCGAUUAUUAUGUUAAAGUGUAUUGUAAUAAAUGCGGAUCAAGUUGUA